UUUUUAUCCAUUUACAGUUGUAUUCAGUGUUGUGGAAUGUCCACAAGACAAGUUAGUUCCUGUGAACACUUGGCUGUAACCUUUUAAACAGUCGUUUCUUUACCAGACUCUCCUAAUAAAGUUAAUAAGACAGAAAAUGUCGCUUGUCAUGUUACAGAGAAACCGCAAAAGCGUCAACUUCUCUGUCCUGAAGACGUUUGUGUCAAUUUACCGAUUAUUAUUAGUGUUAUUGUGUUAUUUAUUUAUUCUUGCACGUCCCGCAUUUUACAUGAUUUAUAUAUUUGGAGAUGCUGGUGUUGUCAAAAACUGUACUGGGAUUGAAAAUGGAGUGGGAAAUAUAGAAAUAAUACGUUUAAGGAAUCCUUAAAUGAUUAAAGAUUCAUAAGUGAGUAUAAAUAAAUGCAUUAACUCCUUCCUUAAACCGUGAUCAUCAAUUAAUUUAUCAUAUUGGACUAUUUUUUGAGCUAUGAAUUAUUAUGUAUAUACAAUAUAGGAACCGCGCUUCUUUUCACCGAGUCGGAUCAUUUGGCUCGGCUCACUGACUCUUUCGGCUCGCAAACGGUUCAUUCCUUUUUAUUUCUCUCUCUAAACGGGGAAAUGUGCGGUAUAUGUAUAUAUAUUUUUUAAAUAUCUGUAAUCGUGAUUUAUAUCUUCUCAACCAAGCCAUGAAUGAAGUAUCGACAUUAGCUACAUCUAUAGAAAAGCAAAGAAAAACUAAACCCGACUCGGGCAUGUGAGUCGACUCUGAUGUUUCACCUAAAAGAGUCGGUACAAAGACUCGUUCGCUUACCACACAUCUGUAUUCGUAUAACCAAGGCGUAAAAGUUCACCAUAUUCACGCCUUGAAUAUGGAUGAGCUAGAAGUUAUUACCGCCGAAGUGUCAAAGCCAAAACCGGUUCAGUAUUUAUCUAAAAAGCUGUACGAUGCGUUUAGGAGUAAAACUAGAGUCAGUGUAGGAACUGCGUUUGACCGAUGGAGAGCUCUGAAAGAACAGAAAGGCCUGAAAACAGACGCCCAACUCGCCAGGUUUCUCCUGGAUAGUCAUUUUUUUCGUAGCUAUGAAGGCAUUUCACAGACAACAAGAGGGCGUGAGAGGACUCCAUCAACAGCCCAAGAUCUUUCUCUUCGUGGGAGCUGUUUCUCAGACGACGACCCGUCCGUGCCGGUGGAGAUCGAGCUCGUGAGUGCUGACAGAUUGAGGAAAAUUGGAAUUGUACAUUGUGAUUGGUUUUCAGGGUGGUGCUGGUGGUGGUGUUGGUGUCAUUUUACGAUUUCAACUUCACAGGAAUUAACGAGCAGCAUGAUGGAUAAACCAUCCUUGGGAUCACAGGGAUGUGGAAAAGGUCAUGUCUGGCUUUCUUAUUUUCCAGACAUGAGGUCGUCCUCUUUAGACGAGGACGGAUACAGCAGCUUACCCGAGAACAGUUACGCGAUCUUGAGCAAGGAGGUGUUGGUGCUCCUGAUGUUCCGCUGUUUGGAGUGCUCCAGCGAGUGCCGCGUCCGAGGAAUAGGCAAAGGAGGGAGUCUGUCUCUCGGACAAGAGUGUCUGUCCUGCUCCAACUACAGACUGUGGACCUCUAGACAAGCCGAGAAGCCCAAAGAGAUGGUGGCUGCCGCGCCUUUAAUCGCACCGUACGAAGACGUGUCCACUCAGGCGUCUGAUGACUCUUCAGUAUCCGUGACUCUGCACUCGGGAUGCAGUACGGUCGAGUGUAAAAACGCUGCCGUGCAAGACGAGACGGACGCCGAGGCCAUUUCGAGUGUUAUAGUGAAAGAGGAACCGGAAGACUGCGAUGAGGUGAUGAAGGAGGAGCAGCCGAGCCUCCUCAUGGAGACGCACGAGGAUGCCCCGGGAGACGACGGACUCGUCGGGAAUCGCGACGAAGUCGUAACCGUUAAGAACGAGACGGACGAACCGACUCACCUCGAGGCUCUCGCCUUUCAGACCGAGCAGGAAACGCUGCUGAUCGACGAGACCGGACGAGCGAGACGUGCCGAGUUACCGAGAGACGACGACGACGACGACGACGACGAAGAGGAUUCGGAAGAGAACUCGGAAGCCGACGAGGAUUCGAGCUCGUUCGAUCCGUCGGAGGAUUUAGGCGAGGAAUCGUCCGACGUGGAUAACGUGAGAAAGCUCAUGGUGCUGAAACCGUUUCAGAACACCGUUAAACCCAUUAUUUGGUGUACGGACUGUACAGACGUCGCCAAGAUGAUCUGUACGAUUCGAAGGCACAAAAGGAUCUACGGUUGCGCGGAGUGCGGCGCCGGGGACGAAAACAGCACUUUUAAAGACUUCUCCGUUCAUUUCGGCGACAUAACGAGUUUUCACAAGCACGCCAUGAAGGAACACGGCGCGAAAGAAAUCCCUCCCGAAAACAGAGUGUGCGAGGAUUGCAAUAAAACCAUCAGGAUGCCGACGAACCCUAACAAAAAGCCACGAGAACACGUGUGCGAGUACAAGAUCAAGCCGUUCGCGUGUCACUUGUGUCGCAAGCGCUUUUUUACAGAAACCGGCCAAAAGGUGCACUACCGUCGACUUCACGGGGACUACACGCAUUUCUGUAAAUACUGCAUGACGCCGUUCGACACGAAAGAGUCCAAGCUGAAGCACGAGACGACUCACAGCGAAGAGCCGCUGCCGUACAUCUGCCCCGACUGCCCGGAGAAGUUCCAAGACUUCGUAGCUCGCAACCAACACCUCCGGAGCCACCGAGGCGAAAAGAAACACGUCUGCGACAAGUGCAACCGGAGAUUCGGCGAUCUCGCCAGCUACGACAGACACGUCCGGAUACACUCGGGAGAGAAACCGUACACGUGCAGCGUCUGCGAACGUUCCUUCACGCAGGCCGGACACCUCAAGUCGCACAUGCGUCUGCACACGGGCGAGAGGCCGUUCAUGUGCGAGCGGUGCGGGAAGUGUUUCAAUCACAACGUCAGCCUGAAGAACCACCUGCGGAAACAUCACUGCACCGACGGCGCCGCGGCGGAAGACGACCCCUCCAGAACGGCGAAGCGGAGCAGAAAGCGAGCGAGAAAAAGCGCCGAGGACGUCAAGGAGGAACGAGGAUUGGAAUGUCGGACGUCUCGCUCCGAGACCGAGACGUCCGAUUCCGACGAAGAGCGGUCGAAAAGAGGAAAGAAGAAGAAAGCUAGGAGGAAGAGACGAGCGGAAAAAGGCGCAGACGACGACGAGCGUGGCGAAUGAACGUCACGGACUGCGGUGUUUAUUAUUUCCACAACAUUUCCACUGAAAGGUGCACCCUUAUCGCAAUAAAGCUGCUAUCCAUGAGGAUGAAGGCUAAAGCGGCGGUCACGCUAGGGGGUUUAAGAAAAGCCUUUGCUCCCGGUACUGGUUAAUUUUCCUACACAUCUCCUCAUUUUUGUUUUGCAUCAGAUCUAUGUAGAAGUUUUCAUUGAACUCAGACCUGGGCCAGUAGAAAAUGAGCAAAGGGGUGGGGUCUGAACAUUUAACAACUCGAGCUGUAUUAUUACCAACCCCUUUUGCUAAAUGGAAACUUUCUCGGUCAAUCUAUCACACUUAAGGUAAUCUCUUCACUGAAACAGUACCCAACCCCCCCCCCCCCCCCCGUUCAGAAACGCGUCACACCAAAAAACACACCGGUUUGGGUCUAUACACCGAAACCAUGGACAACUGUGCUACUCGGGUGUCUCUUAGUACCUCACGUUCCUCACAGUCACGUUACUCUUUUGUAAAAAAAAAAAAAAAAGAAAUAAAAGACUUGCAGUGAUGAAGAAUGUUGCUUUGUACAGUUACACAAUAAAACUGCUGUU